AUGCCGAAAAGUAAAUUUGCGAGUACAAUGAAAAAUCGAGUUAAAUGUGAAAAUAAUAUCAAACAGAAAUUUCCUGUUAAUCAAUUAUGGGAAUGGCAAACAAAACAGUUGUGUCGGCCAUUAUUUGUUUUACAUAGUGGACCACCAUAUGCGAAUGGACCUCUUCAUAUCGGACAUUUUUUAAAUAAUAUUCAAAAAGAUAUAAUUGUACGUUAUAAAUUAUUAGAUGGACAUCGAAUAGAUUUUCGUCCUGGAUGGGAUUGUCAUGGUUUACCAAUUGAAUUAAAAGCUUUACAAUUAAAUAAAACAAAUUCAAAUAAACAAAAUCAAAUAACUAUUCGUAGACUUGCACGUCAAUUUGCUACUGAGGAAUUAGAAAAACAAAAAAAUGAAUUUCAUUCAUGGGGUAUAUUAGCUGAUUGGAAUAAUUGUUAUAGAACAUUUAAUAAAGAAUAUAUUAUUGAUCAAAUUAAAUUAUUUUGGAAAUUAUAUCAGAAAGGUUUACUCUAUCGACAAUAUAAACCAGUAAAUUGGUCACCAACUGUUCAAUCUGCUUUAGCCGAAUCAGAAUUAGAAUAUAAUGACAAACAUACAAGCACUGCGAUUUACGUUCGAUUUCGUUUGAAAAAUGAUCCUUUAUUAUCAAGUCUUUUACCACAAUUAAAUACAGAGAAUAUAUAUGCUUUAAUUUGGACAACUACACCAUGGUCUUUGAUUGGGAAUCAAGCUGUAGCUGUUAAUGAAAAACUGAAAUAUUUAUUCAUAAAAUUCCCUUCAACUAAUGAUAUAUAUAUUGUUGCGGAAUCUUUAUUAAAUAAUAUAAAAAAAUAUCCACCAUUUUCUGAUAAUCAGUUUGAAAUAAUAGGAAAUUGUCUUGGCUCUCAAUUAUCUGGUGUUAAUUAUCAUCACCCAAUCUAUCAUGACGACAAAACUUAUCCUAUUGUUACAAGUGAUCAUGUUACUGAUGAAUUAGGUACUGGUCUUGUUCAUAUAGCACCCGCACAUGGUUCUGAUGAUUUCCUUCUAUCUAUUAAAUAUAAUCUUUCAUGUGUAAAUGCGGUGAAUACAAACGGUCGUUUACAUUGCCCAACAAUUGAAUCUCUUCAUGGUCGUAAUGCAUUAGAUUCUAAAGAUGGAAUAAAAUCGAUUCUUGAAUAUUUAAAUUCAAAUAUAUUACAUCAUUAUGAAUUUACACAUUCAUAUCCUCAACAAUGGUUUAUUGAUACAACUCGUUUACGUGAUAAUGCAUGUAAACAUAUAUCAGAGGAUGUAAAAAUCUUUCCUGAAGGUGCUGGAAAAAGUUUUCUAUCUAUGAUAACAAAACGUCCAUAUUGGUGUAUAUCACGACAACGUUCAUGGGGUGUACCCAUUCCUGUUUUUUAUACUAAAAAUGAAAACAAAGAACUUGUUAUCAAUGAAGAAAUGAUUGAACAUUUAAUAAAAUCCAUCCAAGAAAAAGAUUCAAUUGAUUUUUGGUGGUCAUCAACAGAUAUUAAAGAAUUAUUACCUCCGUCUAUGCAUAAUCAAGCUGAAAAUCUUAUACGUGGAGAUGAUAUAUUUGAUGUUUGGUUUGAUAGUGGUUCAUCAUUUAAUUCAGUUCUUAAAGAUUUCAAUUGUCACGCUGAUUUAUAUUGUGAAGGACAUGAUCAAUUUAAUGGUUGGUUUUUAUCAUCAUUAUUAUUAUCAACAGGUUUACAAUCCCGAGCACCAUUUUCAAAUAUAUUCGUUCAUGGUUUUGUUGUCGAUAAAAAUAAUCAAAAAAUGUCGAAAUCAAUUGGAAAUGUUAUUCAACCAUCGGAUAUGAUUUAUGGUGGUGGAAAAGAAAAAUUUCUUGAAAAUGGUUUUGAUGUUUGUCGUGAAUGGGUGACAAGAGAAAGUUAUAAACAACAAUGUAAAGCUAGUACAGAAGAUUUAAAUAAAGCUUAUAAACGAGUUUUUGAUAUAAGAAAUGUAUUGAAAUUUAUAUUAGGAAAUUUAUAUGAUUAUCAACCUGAUAAACAUACAGUAUCAAAUGAAAAUUUAACUGCUAUUGAUCGAUAUAUGGCUUAUCGAUUAAAUCAAAUUCUUACGAUAUAUCAUACGGAUUUUGAUCGAUAUAGAAUGUAUCAUGGGUUAAUAGCUGUUGAAGAUUUUAUUCAAGGAGAUUUAUCAAGUUUUUAUUGUUCAGUAACAAAAGAUCGACUUUAUUGUAAUCCAUCUGAUUCUUAUCUUCGUCGAUCAACACAAACAGUUUUUUAUUUAUUAUUGAAAUGUUUAAAUGAACGAUUAGCACCAGUGAUGCCAUAUCUUGCACAAGAAUUAUAUAAUGAAUUAAUCAAUAUAGAAAACAAAGAUAAAAAAAUCAAUGAUAUUUUUGAAAAUAAAUUUACUAUUUUGGAUAAACAAUUAAGUGAAAUACCAUCUGAACUUGCAUCUGCAAUGACCGUUGUAUUACAUUUACGUAGUACAUUUCAUAGUGUACUACAAAAUCGACGAGGAGUUUUAUUUGAUAUUAUACUUUAUUUAAGUGAUAAAGCAAAAUUACAGCUUCAACAAAUUCUGAAUACUUUACAAAAACAUCCAACAACAGUUAAAUUAGAUUUCUGGCAGCCAUUAGAAGAACUCUUACAAUGUUCUCGUGUACAACAACGAUCAUUAUCAGAUUUAGAUAAUGAUCUAACCGAAGAAAAUAUUUCAAGUGUUGAUUUACCAUUAUUAGUCUUGAUAUUAUCUGUUCGUUAUAAACAACGUGGACAUAUUGCUGAUCAUCUAGUUGAACAUCAUAGAAAAUUACCAUUGAGUAAAGUUAAAGCUGGUACAACUGAAGAUGUGUCGCAAGUAACUGAUGAAAAAAAUCAAAAUGUUCGUACUACACCACAUGAUUUUAAAUAUGUUUAUCCUGAUUUUUUACCCAAUCCUAUUCCUUUUCUACGUGAUCGAAUACUUGAAAAACUUGAACGAAAGGAUAUGUUUCGUCGAAGACAACAAAUUGAUAUACCAGAAUUUUAUGUUGGAAGUGUUCUUGCUGUAACAUCUGCUGAUCCAUAUGCACCUAGUCGACGUAAUAGAUUUGUUGGUAUAUGUAUUCAACGUGAAAAACAUGGACUUAAACAUGAAUUUACUCUAAGAAAUAUUGUUGAUGGACUUGGUGUUGAAAUCGUCUAUGAAUUAUACAAUCCAACAAUAACUAGAAUUGAAGUUCUUAAACUUGAACGACGUUUAGAUGAAAAUCUUGCAUAUUUACGUGAUGCACCACCUGAAUAUUGUACAUUUCCAUUUGAUAUGGAACCCGUUAAAUUACCACCUGGUAGUGGUGUACCAUUGAACACAAUUCAAGUACCAAUUACCAGUACUCAUUGGCAAUAUAAAUGGGAACGUCAUGAUUUGAAAGGUGUUCUUUUACCACCAUUACCACGAAGUGUACGAAAAGCCGCAGAACGUUAUAGUGAACCAUGGCGUCAAUGGGAUAUAAUGAGACAAUAUCGAACAGAAAUUCAUGAUGAAGAUCGAGAUGAAAUUUUUGAAGAUAUUGAAAAACAUAAACAAGAUUUAGCACAAUAUCGUAUUGAUAGUAAAGAAAAUAUUAAAAUUAUCCGAACAAGACAAAAAGCAGCAGGAAGAAAAGCAAUUUUGGAUGAUUCACAGCAGACAAAACAUUCAAAUCCACCAACUUCAAAAUAA